AAAUAAAUUAAUUGCGUCGGUCUCUUGAAUAUAAACUAGUUGCAAAUUUAAACAAAUUGUUUAGUUAAUUUUUUAUAUGUUAUCGUUUAAUUCCGUUCAUUGAAAUAAGUCCCAUAUUCAUAUCAAAUUCGACGUCCAACAAACAACAAAAUUACUACAAACAGUAACAAGAGGAAGAAAACAACAAAAGCAAAUGCGAUUUUGUUCCUUAAUCGAGACACAUUGAGAAAAACAUCGAGCAAGUAAUCGGUACAUGGUGACAGUUAAAUGUCAAAUCAUCAAUAAAAAAAAUAAAAUUUUUCUUUUCGUUGGUGGUGUUGCUCCGCUCCUCUAUUGAAUUAAGAGAAUGAAACUAUAAGAAAAAACAAAAAAGAAUCAAAAAAGUUAUCAAUAUUAGCAAGAGUCUGAGAAACAGCAUAAAACAUGUUAAAGUUGAUUUGUGUAAACGAGUGAAUAAAAUAUAAUAAUCUCCCCGAUUAAUGGUGCUAAAACAUACAACUACUACACCUGCUGAAACACCACAUACACUACGACUGCAGGCGUCCUUGGUAGUUACUACACCAAGGAGCUAAACUGAGAAAACAGAGGUCUAUUAGUCCAUUCGUCCAAUUGGGACUUAUACUGGUGCUAGUAAUGGGCAUCUGAAUAGCAGCCAGUCGCAAGCUGCAAUUCAAGUACUCGAGCUCAACCCUACAUACCAUUACUACGGAAAACAGAAGCAGUAGCAGCAGUCCUACAAUCAAACAAACGUGUGUUUGUUCGUAUGACCAAACCAAUGUGUGUAUGUGAUUCCAAAAGAAAAUUGUCAUUUACUUGCUGUUUCGAUUGUUUGGUUUUUAGUUGUUAUCCUUUUCAUUAUUUUGUUAAGAAAUCCUAAGAAGGAGUGAAUGCCGUGUGGUGCAACGCAUCCAUCUUCCGUAUGACAAAGCUAAGUUGCACCUACUGCCGCACUGCUGCACACCCAUUGUGAUGAAAAUCUGAUGAGCAAAGAAUCAAAAUGAGAAACUUAUUUCCUUGUGUUCCAUCGGUAUCGUUACGACAAUAUUCCAUUUCCCCUCCAGUAACAAAUGAAAAGUUGUUUAACCAUAUCAGCCGAGCAAUUGUCAACCCGUCCACACCCACACAACAAAAUCAGCAGCAGCAGAAACAGCAGCAACAAGAAAUACGCAAACAUCUACAACUGCAACAAUCCUCUUAUUGUAGUAUCCUAGCAAGCACUGAAAAAGCUUCUGUGUAUUUGCUUGGGUUUCCUGAUUUUUGUUGGCAGAAGCACACCUACAUUUAAUUGAUUGUCCUCGUCGUCGCAGUGAUUUCAAAGCUCGUCGUAUUGGACACAUGUGAACAUUUGUUAUAUAAAUAAAUAACCAGUGACUUAACUAUAGGUAUCCAAGUCGAAAUAACGUUUAAAGUAUAAAACAUUGACGUAGCAAUGAUGAUAUUAUGAAAACGGACGACGCACCAAACAUACUUCAAAUGCGAGAGACAAAAAAUGAAGAAAUUGAAUUAUUAACACCUCAAGAAUUAUUAUCGAAUUGUUUCCAGACUUUGUUUUUGGCAUUUUCCCACUUUACGUUCUUAUGGCCUUGUAUUAUUGCCUUCCAAAGUGAAAAUCUUCCAUGUCCCCCAAUAUUUUGAAUAUUCAAGGGCUGUAGUGAAUUGUAAUUGUGCGUAACGCGUCGUCUUAUUGAAAAUUUGCAAAUUUUUACACGAUAUUUAAUUUACAAAACAUACAUAAAACCACAACAAAGAGAAAAACAAAAACCUAACCUUAUUCAUCAAAGACAUCACAAAUAAUUGAAAUUCUUAGGAUUUAGAUGCAUUCUCACUCACAUGUACAUAUUAGCAUACAAAAUACCUAAUCACAUACAUAUACAUAGAGACAUUCAUAAAUUGUAGCAGCACUGCUCUAGCAAGGAUAAGAAGUUUAAAUAGAAAUUAAAUAGAGGCACGCGCACCUAUCUACAGUCCAAUAAUAACUAUAAGCAUAUAAGGCUAUAAGGCGUCGAAACACAGCAACGGAGAAGGAGUAUCAAUCACCUAUAGGACACAUACAAUUUAGGGCUUAAGUAAGAACCGAUCGAUACGGAUAUUUAGAGAAGCUUCGUGAGAUCGCGAGUGGCAUGAGCCAUAUAUCGGGUCACCGAAAAUAUGAUGAUAAUGAGUGCUGUGGGCCAAGACCACCUGUACCCGGAGAAGAAAGUCGAGUUAGAAAGAUGACCGAAGGGGUCGGAGAACAUUUGCGCAAUUCGCCACCAUCCUAUUUGAACUGGGCCCGAACACUCAAUCAUCUGCUGGAAGACCGUGAUGGUGUGGAAUUAUUCAAAAAGUACGUGGAGGAGGAGGCCCCCGCCUAUAAUGAUCAUUUGAACUUUUAUUUUGCCUGUGAAGGCCUAAAACAGCAGACGGAUCCUGAAAAGAUAAAACAGAUCAUACAGGCCAUAUACAGAUUCCUGCGUAAAAGCCAACUGUCUGUAACGGAAGAUCUGAGGCGUAAUAUUAAGGCUGGACUAAAAAAUGAAAUACCUCUCAGUCCAAACAUAUUUGAUGGCAUGCAAAAACAUGUUGAAAACACAAUUCGAGAUAACAUUUAUCCAUCAUUUUUGUGUUCGGAAAUGUACAUACUUUACAUUCAACAAAUGUCCGCUGCACAUGAACGUUUUAGCAGCAGUGGCGGUCCUACGGGUGCCGGUAGCUGUAGUACUGGCAGCAGUAGUAGUAGCGGUGCUAGUUGCGGUAGUGGUGGAGCCGGUGGCGGAGCAUGUGCGUUGCCACUUGUGGUUGCUUCCACGAGUACUGGGAAAUUAAGCAGUACGUUGGGUCCAAUAAUCAAUUUGCCUGCGAGUACUAGUGCCGGCAUUGGUGCUCCAGCUGGUAGUUGCAGUGCUAGUGGCAGCGUAUAUGGCCCUUCAACUUCAGCUAGCUCAAGCGGUUCAGUUAGUGCCACGGAUACCCUACCUCGCAGCUCAACGUUACCCACCCUACACGAAGAUUCGGAAUUGUCAUUGAGCGAUGACUUCGAAAAACUACGCGUCGAAGGAGGUCGCGUAUCAGCCGAUAUGCCAAUGCGCUUAACACGCGAUUUAUUACUAGCAACACAAAAGAGAAGACUGGAAAUACGACCACCUGGUGCUCAUGGUUAUGUUUAUACGGGGAAGACAAAUACCUCCUAUGUACCAAAUUCAAGAGUAGACUCCGAAAGGGCAAGUGUCAGUUCUGGUGGUAGAACUGAUUCUGAUACAAUGUCUCUUUCAAGCUGUUCGAUGGAUGGACGCCCAUACAUACAACGAAGACAUAGCUCUACGGAAACUAAAGCUAUACGACAGAGUGCCAUGGCGAAUAAGGAAACAAAUUCCUUUCAAGUAAUACCGCGUACUCAACGUCUUCACUCUAACGAACAUCGACCACUUAAGGAGUCCGAGUUAAUAGCGUUACUAAUACCCAAGCUAGAAGAAGUUAAACGAAAACAAGAUCUAGAAGACAGAGCCCGACUAGAGCACUUCCCCGAUGAAUCUAUGCCGACCAAUGAACGACUUGCCAGUGAUCGUGCUUUUGCACAAGCCAUUCGAGAGAAAUUUGCCAUUGAUGAAGACAACGAUCAAGACAUACUUGAUCAGCAUGUGUCACGCGUUUGGAAAGACCAAACGCCACACCGCUCACCUGGUACAAUGUCACCCUGCCCACCUUUACCAUCUAGAAGGCGUACAAUAACACAUGACUCGGGCAUGUUAAGCGACGGUGCCCUCAGUAUAAGUGGUCAUUCUAUGAAACACUCAAAAUCAAUGCCAGAUCAUAGUUCCUCAACAAGGAAGCUUACAAAUAAAUGGCCUUCCAUGAAUACAGAUAGCGGCAUAAGUUUAUUCUCAGCUGAUACUCUAAUGAAGUACAAAGAUAACAGUUCACGUUCUGGCACAAGUACAGCCUCUAAGUUAGAAGAGGCCAAAAGAAGACUGGAAGAUGAGACCAGGCGGUCUCGUCGCUAUACCCAACAGCAGCAUAUGUUGCCUACCAUGCAACAACAACAAUCAGCCUCAUUUAGUAAUAGCAGCAGUGGCAGUAGUAGUCUACAUCAUCAAUCACUCCCGCCUCCGUUACCCGCAAAACCACAAGAGACCACAACUGUUGUGUUUUCAUUUUGUGAUGAAGAAUAUCCUUAUAGAACUAAAAUACCCGGUACACAACCCACACUAAAGCAAUUUAAGGACUAUUUACCCAAGAAGGGUAAUUUUAGAUUUUUCUUUAAGACGCAUUGUGAAGAUCCUGAUAGUCCAGUGAUUCAAGAAGAAAUUGUCAAUGACAACGAUAUCCUUCCCUUAUUUGAGGGCAAAGUGAUGGGUCUGGUUAAACCAUCCGAUUAAUAGUAGAGUAAGUUUUAAUUUUUAUACAUUUAUAUAUGUAAACAGAACGAUUACAAAAACAAUAAUACAAACACAACAAAAAAAAACAAAAACAAGAUUAUAUAUAAAAAUAAUGUCGAAAUUAAAACCAGAAACUAUAAAUAUAUGGCAAACAACAAAAUGCUACAUUAACAAUACCAAUUAAAAUUUAUUUUAUCAUUUCAUAUGACGAAAACGCCAAAAUAUUUUUGUAUUAGACUACAUACUAUUCUGUUCGAUGUCGAUGUCGAUGUAUACAAUGUUUGCUAUUUCAUAGAAAUACGGCAAGGUUAUAUGUAUAUUGCGCAACAUUUACCAUUUUCGAGUUAAACAUGCAUAGCUAAAUGGCAAGAAGUGGAGCAAAACUCAAAAUGUCUUCUUUCUCAUAAAAAAAAAAUCUACUAAAAAAAUACGCUUUGAUAAAGAAAACUAAAAAAGUAAUAAGCUGUUUUCACUGCCUUAAAGCGGCUGAUUUCGAAUAUAUUAAAACGCAUUUCUCCCAAAAUCAUAAUUUAUAUUUAUGUAUAAAUUUAUUGGAUUAUGAAAUCCAAUAGUCGUGUUUUAGUUGGCAAGAAAAUUUAUAUCUUGUCUAAUUUGUUCAAAAAAAAUACUACCCCGAUUUACCAAACUGGUAGUCGUUUUGUCGUAUAAUUUUCUUCUUAUAUGUGGCCAAGAGGAAAUCUAUGAUUCCGAGUCCAUUCUAGAGUAGUUGGCCCUUAUGGCAGCUCUGCCAUAAGGGCCAAGCGCCCCCCGGCAGCCGAGUUGGUAGCGUGCGUGCAACGCAGAUUGCAAAUUCACCCAUGAACAUUCCACAUAGGAGGCCACCGUAGCGCAGAGGUUAGCAUGUCCGUCUAUGACGCUGAACGCCUGUGUUCGAAUCCUGGCAGCACCAUGAGAAAAAUUUUCAACGGUGGUUAUCCCCUCCUAAUGCUGGCGACAUUUCUAAGGUGCUUUGCCAUGUAAAAACUUCUCCCCAAAAAGGUGUCGUUGCGCGGCGCGCCGUUCGGACUCGGCUAAAAAAAGGAGGUCCCUUAUCAUUGAGCUUAAAAUUGAAUCGGACAGCAUUCAUUGAUUUGUGAGAAGUUUGCCCCAGUUCUUUAAUGGAAUGUUCAUGGGCAAAUUUGCAUUUACAUUCCACAAAGGAACUUCUCUCUGGGAUUGGGUAGAGUGCCUGGAUUACUAGUGCGGAAGUAACAUGGGCUAAAAAUCUAAAAACUAAAAAAUUAUCUGAAUCUGUAUAAAAAGGCUGCUACUCCAGUCAUACUAACCCGUGAAAAACUUGGUCACAUAUGCCAAACUUAUAGAAAGGCGUCAGCUCAUGCUUUAUUUGCGUUGUCAUCGUAUUGUAAGAAGCUCACACAGCAGCAGCCAGCUCUUCAGCCUACGCAUUCCUCUCAACCACUUAAUGGCUCGGCAUCCAGAAAACCCGGAUAGCCUUCCCCAUGACUCAUAUAUGCUCUUUGUACCAACUCGUCCGAAAUUGCACUCGUCCAGAAGAAUAUAAGACUCCUUACUCCUAGAAACUAAAUGAAGAAAACGGCAUGCAACUAACCCCGCUCUUGAUUCAUACGACCAGUUUUAGCUAUCAUCAUUGGGUGGGUUUAUCCCUCAGCUUACGCUUGGGCUAAGCUGGCGGCCUAAACUUCGACUCCUUGUACUCUAAGACACUAAUCGACAAAUAGGUAAAUUGUGUCAACCUUUUUUUCUCUCUCCCAUUGAUAUCUUCCUGCAAAUUGGUACUUAAAAGUACGCCAAACCACAAUAUGAUUACGUGCUGGUUAAUUAGGAAUAGCAUUUCCCCGACACAAAAUAAGCCUGCUUGCCAAAUAAAACGCGCCUGAUGUGAUAUACCAUAAAUGUCGUUUGAAAUUAUGUUUUUUUAAAUAUAUUUAUUUAUUAUAUUACGUUCUCCAUUUAUUAUGCUUAUCUAUCAAGGUAAAUUGUAUUUGUAUAUCUGAAUAAGUUAUUUUAAACUCUAAGAAGUACUUUAAUUUGCCCGAUUUUAAUAUUGGGUUUCCCAAAAAGUAAAUGCGGAUUUUUCGCUCGGCCAAAUGAAGUUGAUGAUGACCAAAUCAAAGCAUUAAUCGAAUUGGAUCGUCAUGUAACUGAGCGUGAGAUAGGAGGGAAGUUAAAUAUACCAAAAUCAACCGUUCAUUAUCACAUAAAAAGUCUUGGACUGGUGAAAAAAAAGCUUGAUAUUUGGGUACUACAUGUAUUGAAAGAAAUUCAUUUAACAAACUGAAUCAACGCUUGUGAUAUGCACCUUAAACGCAAUGAAUUCGAUCCGUUUUUAAAACGAAUCAUAACUGGAGAUGAAAAAUGGAUUGUUUACAACAACAUUAGUCGAAAACGAUAAUGGUCCAAGCAUGGUAAACCAGCUCAAACCACUUCAAAGGCUGAUAUCCACCAAAAGAAGGUUAUGCUGUCUGUUUGAUGGGAUUGGAAGGGUGUGGUAUAUUUUGAGCUGCUUCCAAGGAACCAAACGAUUAAUUCGGAUGUUUACUGUCAACAAUUGGACAAAUUGAAUACAGCCAUCAAGGAGAAGCGACCAGAAUUGGUCAAUCGUAAAGGUGUCAUAUUCCACCAGGACAACGCUAGACCGCACACAUCUUUGGUCACUCGCCAAAAACUGAGUGAGCUUGGCCGGGAACUUUUGAUGCAUCCACCAUAUAGCCCUGACCUUGCACCAUCAGACUACCAUUUAUUUCGAUGCAGAAACUUUGCAGAACUCCUUAAAUGGUAAAACUUUCGGCAAUGAUGAGGCUAUAAAAUCGCACUUGGUUCAGUUUUUUGCAGAUAAAGGCCAGAAGUUCUAUGAGCGUGGAAUACUAAAUUUGCCAGGAAGAUGGCAAAAGGUUAUCGAACAAAAUGGCAAUUAUAUAUUUGAUUAAACUUCAUUCAAAGUUUUAUUAAAAAUGCAUUUACUUUCUCUUUUAAAAAAUCCGCAAUUACUUUUUGGGCAACCCAAUAUUUGCAAAAAGUUUUUCUCCCUCUGAACUGUUUAAUCUUGUUGUUGUUAUAGCAGCGAGUUUCACACUGAGGCGACAGCCCUUGUUGAUGAAGGACUUCAUCGGGUCAAUCCGGUACGUACAACCGGCUGCCAUCGGAUUGACCCUUUUUUAAUCUUGAAGUUUGUGUAGCGUGUUCGUAAAUCCCAAUUUAAUUUAAAAACUAUCAUAAAAUUUGUGUUUCAUAGGCUAUGCUGUAGAUGACAUCAGACAUUUGACAAUAGGUCUGUUUUAUUUAUGUACUUCACAAUGCAAACUAGGUGUUAUCGCAUAAUUGCGAUAACAAUCCAGUGCAACUUUGCACUGGAAUUUUAUGACUUGUGUCGAAAUUGUACUCGACAGCAGAGCUUAACUAAAACAGGGCCAAUAUAAGAUUUUUACCCUUUCAAUAAUUUUAGUUUUGUGAUUUGUGAAUGAUGAGCGUUAUGGCUUUUAGUGAACUAUGUCAAAUAUGUAAAAUAUGAGAGAGCAAUUAUACAAAAAUAAAAGAUGUCUGUGUUUGAAUUCACCUCAAGUAUUUACAAAAGAUUUUGGGCAUUCUUUUAUCUAUAUU